AUGGCUCAUUCCGUACGUGGAAGUUCAACUCGAGUCAGCAAACGACAAGCCACCGUCGACAUCCAUGCAAAAGUCCUCAAAAUCUCGAAAGCUUCCAAAAGCCCAAGAACUUCCGCAGGCUUGAAGUCGAAAUUGGGAGAGGGGGUUCUGAAACCUGUGGUCUAUACUAAAAAGAGCGUCAAGCAUGUUCCACUUCCAAAGCGCAAACGUGAUGCAGUCCAGGAUGACAGCGAGAACGAACUGGAUGGGGUCUAUACCACCAGGAUCAUCUCGAAAAAGCCCAAGCUGCAGCUACCGACGCCUCUGUCCAGCCAGCGCCAAGAGCGAAAAGAGUCCAUUGACAUGGAGUUCUCCCCAACAAUGACCUUCCGGCAACUUUCUCUGGACACCGAUAAUUCUGAGCCAGUUCCGCAGACGCUUCCACCAGUUUUGCAGGACUUUGUGUCCUUGCACGCAGCCUUCCUCAAGGCAUUUGCCAUCCACAUUGUACAUAACGGCCAAUCCACGCCGGCCGAUUUGGGUAGCCUGAUGGGUUCUGUCACCCGGCUUUGGAAAAAACACACCGUCACCAAGGAAGAUAUUCAACGCAUGUUGGCCAUCUAUGAAUUGGACGUCUCAACGCAUUUCAGCGGUCGCCUCCUCAACCACCAAGAAGGUCCAUUUAAGCUCACGAUGGUGGGUGCCGAUUUCGUCCGCUACAAUGUCGAGUACGUUGGUGCCGGCAGCAAGAGACCCGUCGACCCCCGCUGGGAUGAAUACGAUCUCCAAAAGCUAUAUGAAGCGGAAAUCGAGGCCUGUUGGAUUUCUCAACGGAGCAACUCUUCCUGUUGGCUCCAUGGCGCGAUUCGAAACUUUCCUCGUCUGAACUUUGCCGUCGGCAUCGAGACACAAGUACGAAAAGCCAAAGCUGAGAGCGCCCGAAGGGAGAUCCUGGGUCUAUCAUCACAAGCACAAAAUCAGGCAGGAGCCCAGUUCCCGAUGCACAUGAAUGACAACUCUGAAAACAAAGAGACUAGCACGCCGCAAAUUGUGAAGGAUCGGACACUAUCCCUCCUAGAUCGCGUUAGGGCUAGAGCACUUGUCAAUUCUUCCAUGACACCCCGGACGGCGGAAGCUACUUUUCGGCGCUACGCUCUCGGCCGUAUCGCAGAGGUCGUGGAGAUCCUUCGAAUGAAGCAACAGCGCAAACUAAGCACAAACUUCGUGUCGUGCGUCCAUUCGAGCCCGGGCAAGGUUCGAGGCAAGGUGUCUUUUAGCAUGAACCAGUUGAUCAAUGACAUCAAAACCAGUCUGGCCGUUCCGAUUGGGGACGCAGAACUCAGAAUGUGCAUCCAUAUACUUGAAGAUGAGGUACCGGGAAUAUGGGUGUCCGUUUAUACUAUAGGAACGGUUGAAAGCGUUAUUCUUAAUGGACCAGGACUGAGUGGUGUUGAGAUCAAGAAGAUCCUCGACGAGAAGGAGGGCUCGAGCUGA